GCAACUUCUGCGCUAGUGACGCGCAAUUCUGGGGGCGUUGUGGUCGAUCUGCUAAUACUUGCCGUCAAUUGGCAGCCGCAUCCAGCAUCACAAUGGCUGCGCCGACCCUCAUCGAGCAGCAGGGCUUGCGCAUAGCCGUAGAGGGCUGCGGCCACGGAGUGUUACAUGAGAUAUAUGCUUCGGUCGCAAAGUCAUGCGAACUCAAAGGGUGGUCAGGUGUUGAUCUCCUUAUUAUUGGAGGUGACUUUCAGGCCGUCCGCAAUGCCUCCGAUCUUAAAGCUGUUUCCAUGCCUUCGAAGUACUAUGCCAUGCACGACUUCCACGAGUACUACGCAGGUGCACGCACCGCGCCCUUCUUGACUAUAUUCAUCGGAGGGAAUCACGAAGCCAGCAACUACUCGUGGGAGCUAUACUACGGUGGCUGGGCUGCCCCCAAGAUCUACUACAUGGGUGCUGCAAACGUCGUCAGAUUGGGACCACUACGUAUUGCUGGUUUAUCUGGCAUAUGGAAAGGCUACAACUAUAAGAAGCCGCACUACGAGCGUCUGCCAUACAACAGUGACGAUGUGAGGAGCAUAUACCAUGUUCGCGAACUAGACGUGCGCAAGCUCCUGCAGAUCAGGACACAGGUCGAUGUUGGCUUAAGUCACGACUGGCCGCGCAGUAUGGAGUGGAGGGGCAACUACCGACAGCUCUUCAAGUGGAAGCCAGACUUCGAGCAGGAAGCGAAAGAUGGUACACUUGGAAGCGUCGCAGCUACAACAGUUCUUGAGCGCCUGCGACCACCAUACUGGUUCAGUGCGCACAUGCAUUGCAAAUUCAGCGGUAUCUGGCAGCACGGAGGUGGGUCAGAGCCAGCAGCACCUAUUGUAACGGCCGACGAGCCUUCUGCUGUUGUGAUGAACGACGGUGAGAUCAACCUUGAUCUCGAGGAAGAUGCACCAACAGAAACGCCAAAGAACGAUGCCGAGAUCGAUCUUGACAUGGAUGAUGAUGAUGAUGAUGCAGCUCCGGCACCGGUUGCUACAACCACGAAGCCUGAGGAGCCAGAGAAAAUCAAUGGUCAAGCAGUGGUCCCCGAUGAAGUGCGAGAUCUACUGCCGGCCUCCUUUGCACGCUCAAACUUUGAGAAGCCGGAGACAUUGCCGUUCCCUGCAGACAUUGCCAACCAAACGACCAAGUUUCUUGCUCUCGACAAGUGCUUGCCAAAACGGCAUUUCCUCCAACUGCUCGAGAUCACACCUCACUCGCCCAGCGAUCUGCAAAGGCCACUACGGUUGGAAUACGACACCGAAUGGCUCGCCAUUACACGUGUCUUCGCUGGUGAUUUGCAAAUUGGUGAUCCGGACGCGCAAGUACCUACCGACAAGGGUGAUGCCUACUACAGGCCCCUCGUCGAGGAGCAGAUCACUUGGGUCGAAGAGAAUAUCGUCAAAGGCGGGAGGAUGACUAUACCGCAUGACUUUGUACAGACCGCGCCUGUCUAUGAUCCGUCUCAAGGCAUCCACGUUCAAAAAGAGCCGCAAGAGUACGACAACCCGCAUACGCAAGCUUUCUGCGACUUGCUGCAGAUCCCUAAUGUUUUCCACGCGUCAGACGAGGAACGAGCAAAGCGCAUGCAGGCCGGUCCCAGACCAGAGGAACAGCGAUCUGGUAGAGGCGGAAGGGGCGGAAGCAGAGGCGGUCACAGAGGUCAUCGUGGCGGUGGUCGCGGCGGUGGUCGCGGAAGAGGUCACGGUGGUGGAAGAGGACGCGGCCGCGGGCGCUGGUGACGACUCUCAAUAGGUAUCGACCAGUUCACAUCUCACACGCGGUUACGUAUCCCUUUGCGACAACAUCUGCGCCUAAAUCUGAGACGGACAUACUGAAGCCUUGCGCAGCGUACGUGGCUAGUGGCCGUUAGCGACUCCACACCUCGAGUCCUAUCGUUCCUCUGCAUCUUGACAUGACGGAAGG